CCGGAGCAGGCGGAUUAAGACGGGAAGAAAUCACCGAUUUAAUUUUGGAGACGUGGAACACGGGAUGAAUCCUCCUGUACGCCGGAGGAAGGCUAAGACGCACGGUAACCGGAUUAAUAAUCUUGGUAAUAGAAAACGGGCCAAUAAAUUUGGGAGCAAGUUUGUUAGAAACGGACCGCAUAGGAAUAUUCUGGGUAGAAAGCCACACUCUUUGACCGACGACGUAACGGGGAGGCUUCGACCGGUGGCGAUCGGCCUUAGCCUUGGUGCGCGACCUAGCCUGGAGCAGAGCUCUGCGAGCUCUGGUCCAGGUGCGGUGACACCUCUGGACUAUGAUGAAGAAGAAUAUCGCCGGAAGAGAGAGAUUACUGUCAGAUGCUCCGGCUGUCCAAAGCCCGUCACCAACUUCCAUCAAGCUCAGUUUCCUCAAUAUGUGAUGGAUGUGCUGCUGCAACAGAACUUUAAGGAGCCCACUGCUAUCCAGGCUCAAGGUUUUCCUUUAGCUCUCAGCGGCAGGGACAUGGUGGGCAUCGCUCAGACUGGCUCUGGAAAAACACUGGCUUAUCUGCUGCCUGCCAUAGUGCAUAUUAACCUUCAGCCCUACUUGGAGAGAGGGGAUGAGCCCAUUUGUCUUGUGUUGGCACCAACGCAUGAAUUAGCCCAGCAGGUGCAGCAAGUGGCUUAUGACUAUGGCAAAUCAUCUCGGAUCAAAAGUACCUGUGUGUAUGGAGGAGCCCCUAAGGGUCCACAGAUACCUGACAAACAGACUCUCAUGUGGAGUGCUACAUGGCCUAAAGAGGUUUGUCAGCUGGCUGAAGAUUUCCUCCAUGACUAUGUCCAAAUCAAUAUAGGAGCUCUAGAAUUGAGUGCAAACCACAACAUCCUGCAGAUAGUGGAUGUCUGCAUGGAGAAUGAGAAAGACAACAAGCUGAUUCAGCUGAUGGAGGAAAUCAUGGCUGAAAAGGAGAGCAAAACCAUCAUCUUUGUUGAGACAAAGAAACGUUGUGAGAAGAGAUUGGUGAGAAAGAUCUUUAUAAUCGUUCUUAUAUAUUUAUAUUAG